AUGACCAUCAGUCAUCAAGUUUUUGAACCAGCCAGCCCAACCCAACGAUCGAAGCACCUGAGGGCGUCCACAGCACCAGCACCACAGUGGCUUGAAGCGAGGAUUGAAGGUGGUGAAUACGUCGCCCUGGGCUCCUAUGCCAUCACCUCGGUGCCCGGACGUCCGGACCUGGCGCCCACGGCUUGGCGCCUGGAGGGCCUGGAGCCCUUCAGUUUGAAUCGUCAGACCUUGGACGAGGUGUAUCAACAAACUUGGGAGGAUGGCACCACACACAUUCGAGACCUUGGAGGCACACAAGUGGCCAUUGCAGAGCUUCACUUGAUGCCAAAGUUGGGCUAUGAAUUCGAGAUCUCAAGUUGGGCUCCCUGUUCGGUGACCUGCGGUGGUGGGACGCAAAACCGCACGGUCGUUUGUAAAGGGAGCGAUGGGGUUAGCUACAGCGACCACCGCUGUACUACUGGAGAUGCUCCAGUGAGAGUGAGAGAUUGUGGAACAUCCAUUUGCAACUGCGAGGGUGGCUUGGCGUGCAGCGCCACUUGUACUGCCUCAAGUUCUGCCACUUCUGACCUGGGCUGUGGUGUUUUGGUGGAUGGUGCAGUUCUUUCGGCCUGGACUUCAGGUGCUCCACCUCCACAGUGGUUGGAGUAUGACUUGGGCCAGGUGCGAACCCUGGCGGAGUUCUCCCUCACCUCCGGCACCUGCACGGUUUGUACUUUCCAGGAAGGACCUUCUGUGAUCUCAUUGCAGGCCACGAAUCUUCCUCCAGAGUCCAACGGCCGAGCCUGGUAUGAGCUGCGAUCGCCCUUCAGCGUGGGCUCCAUGUGGUCCUCGGGUGAAACUCGCAGGUGGGACUGGAGUCCAAGCAUUUCGGAGGGUCCACGCCGGAAAACGGCGACGGCCGUCAUCCUGCUGUCGGUGACUUGGGGAGUUGUUGAGUCGAGUUUGGUGAGGUGGAACCUUCCAGAGGGAGAAGUUCGAUCCUUCCGCUACUGGCGCUUGAACUUUCAUGAGACCAUGGGUGGAGGGGGAACUGUGUACAAGGUACACGUGUCAGAAGUGGGCCUCUAUGCACCCGCAACCACUUUUCGGUUGGUGGUGGGCGAGUGGGGUGUUUGCGAGCCUCUCGGUGGCUAUGGUGCUUGUGGUGCGGGUGUCAGCCGCCGCAGCGUGCAAUGCUUCGACGACGAAGACUACCCACAAUCUUUGGACAACUGUGAGCAUGGCCUCACGACAGCUGCCGAAAUGAGCUGCACAGUGGAUUGCCCUAUUCUUUUGGUGGCUGGGGCUAUACCCCAUCCAGGCUUCUUUGGCGUUCUGAGGUGGUGCCAGCCUGCUUUGAUUCACGAACAUUUGUUUGUCAUUAGAGUCAUAGUCAUAGUGAACCCCUGGACUUGUGGCUUGCGCUUGAGCUGA